AUGCCAACCUUACUUUCGAGGUUAUCACGAUCGCCGACCCGAGUAUUCGUCGUAAUCCUAAUCACUCUCGUAAUAUUCCAGCUUUUCAGUAUCCGAUCCCAGCCGACAACAAACGUCGAUGGUCGUACAGCAAAGUACGACCCGUGCGUGGGCCUCGACGGUCUUGAAGACAUAUUCGUAACACUCAGAACGGGUACCACGGAGGCGCCUAAAAAGCUCCCCGCACAUUACACGACCACGUUACGUUGUUUACCACAUUACGAGCUCUUCUCGGAUUUUGAAGAGAUUAUAGAAGGCAAGCAUGUAUACGAUGUUCUCGACGAGGUGAACCCGCAAAUUGUAGCGACACACCCUGACUUCGAUUAUUAUAACAAGUUGAGAGGCAAAGGCAGAAAUGCAUUUACGGCGGAAGAGAUGGCCCAAUGGGCCGCAGCUAAGAAUACAAUGGGUGGCCGCGACAGUCCUGGCUGGAGGCUGGAUAAGUGGAAGUUCCUCCCGUUAGCCGACAAGGCAUUGAGAAUUCGCCCUGAGGCGAAGUGGUUUGUCUUUAUCGAGUCCGAUACAUAUGUACUCUGGCCGGCCUUGCUCUCCUGGCUCAAGCAUUUUGACCCAUCCAAGCCUUGGUAUCUAGGCCAACAGAUGCAGAUUGGCGACGUUGUUUUCGCUUACGGCGGGGCUGGGUUCGCCAUCUCUCAACCCGCCCUCAAAAAGGUUGUCGAGCAUCGUAACACGAAUCUAAAAUUUUACGACGACUUCACUGCCGGCCAUUGGGCUGGCGACUGUGUUCUAGGAAAAGCCUUGGCUGAUGUUGGAGUCCCUCUAACAUGGUCGUUCCCUACCCUCUCAAGUGAAGAACCGGCUGAUACGGAUUUUGAAUCCGGCUUUGGGGGCCCCGAAAGGCACCCCUGGUGUUAUUAUGCAGCGAGCUAUCAUCAUCUUCCACCUGUCGAGUACCCUGUCUUUUAUGCCUUUGAACACGAGUGGUACCAAAAAAAUAAUACUUUAUUACGACACAAAGAUGUAUUCUAUAACUACGUACUGCCGCGAUUGGCUGCCGAACGUGACGACUGGGACAACCACUCGGAUAAGGAACAAUCGACAGCAAGCACAUUCAAGGCUUGCCGGACGUCAUGCGAAAAUGACCCUGCUUGCAUGCAAUAUUCGGUAACCGGCUAUACCUGCAAAACAUCCACCGCCCUGAGGCUGGGUCGUAAAGCUUCCGCUGCUGAGCAAGUGAACUCCGGAUGGAUGGUAGACCGUAUCGAUGCUUUCAUCGACCGAAUGGAGUCGGCCUGCAGAGAUAGAGAUUGGGUUUUGCCAUAACGACAUAUCCAUUGUGGAAACAAAUCACGACACACUACAAUACAAACCAAGGUUAUCAAUGGAAGUAUCGAGGUGCCCUUCCCGGGUAUUUCUAUGUGCCUCAACGGCUCUCAUGGGUAAAGAAGACUAUUUCCCCAUGGGACAGAUGCCGCUCAUGAGGGCGUCUAAACCCACCAAUCCUAACCAGCGGCGGGAUCAAAAUUUGAACAAAUUCAAAAGUCAGAAUGGGUGCGGGACGACAUAGCUCACGGAGCCCG